AUGCGCUCUCGUAUAGAUCCUCCGCAACGACACCAAGCCGGCCGUCGAGCUGUGCAGCGAGAUGGAGUUGUCGGCUUACUCAAGGUUCACAAGAACCCGCAGACAAACAUCAGGAGACAGACGAGUGCAACAGCUGACGGUCUUGCGCCCCCCGCGAUAGAUAGCUACGCCGAGUUCAUGUCCCUUUUCUCCAAGAAGGUCGCCGAGUCCACCCGUCCCGGCCAGAGACAGGACAUUGAGGAGGGCGACAACACGUUUCACUGCGUCGGAAGGAGCGAGGGUAUCUGUGGCGUUAUCAUCUCCGACCACCAAUACCCCAGUCUAGUAGCCCACCAGCUUCUCUCCAAGAUCGUCGACGAGUUCCUCACCAAGCACCCCCGCUCCACGUGGGCCACCGGCGAACCCAAGCUCGCUCUCCCCGAGCUCAAGGAGUACCUCACCAAGUACCAAGACCCCCAGCAGGCCGAUUCCAUCCUCAAGAUCCAGAAGGAACUCGACGAGACCAAGAUCGUCCUGCACAAGACCAUCCAGAGUGUGCUGGAGCGCGGCGAGAAGAUCGACGACUUGGUCGCCAAGAGUGACGGCCUGAGCUCUCAGAGCAAGAUGUUUUACCAACAGGCAAAGAAGCAAAACUCGUGCUGCGUCGUCAUGUAA